UUUAAAUAACAGAGUGCAUUAUGGGUAUACUGCAGUAUUUCAGACCAUAAACCUGAAGUGAUUUAUUUCCUUACUGGUGUGUGUUUAUGAUUGUACCAGGGGUGUGUGUGUGUGUGUGUGUGUGUGUCUGAGCCAUAAAUGCCAGAGUCUUGCUCAAAGGGCACUCUGAGUCUAUAUUAACAACGGAAGAGUGUGUGUGUUUGAGUUCCUUAGAAAUGUGGGUCUUUCUGUGUGUGUGUUUCGUCGCUUCAUUCAUCUGUAGUGCAGAUGGACAGGGCGCAGACACAAUCUGUACCGAUAGAAACGAUUUUGACGCUUGCGCAGAUAACUGGAAAUGUGAUCUAAAAGUCAGCCAGUGCUUCUGCAAGUCAGGAACUCCUUACUGCAGGUGUAAUAAUUAUAUUGAUGAGUUUUAUCUGGGGGAACGCUGCUCUCAGAAAUGGACGACGUUGUCCUUCGCCCUCGUAGCGACGCUUCCUGGAGUUGCACUUGCGUUCGUGAUCGGACUCGCUGUUCACCUCGCACACAGAUUCGGGAAAUCCAGCAAGAGCCCCGGAGCAGGGAAUGAACUCACCUACAUCCAGGAGCCGGACUUGUUCCCUGGAAUCGUUUUUGCAUCUGAUUUAAACACUCCUCCUCCUCCCGGCCCCACGCCAGUGAAGGUGGGAGUUCCCAUGGUGUCGUCUCGGCCGUACAGUGUGUCAGAUAACACACAAUUUUUAUCUGGUGGACCACCAAUGAGAGCUCCUCCACCACAGUACAGUGCACCUGAUAACACACGCCCUGCUUUUGACAGACCACCACUGGGGGCACGAUACAGUCUGCCCCCCUCCUCAGGUACACUGGGAGUUCCAGAGCGGGCGGGACAGCAGCCCUACAGCUACACAGGGGGCGGGGCUCAGGCGGUCAGUAACCCGUAUGCUAGAGCGAGAAACCCGUACGAGGAUCACGGUGCAUCUGGAGAGCAGUACAACCAACCCCCUUCCCCCCGAGCUUAUGCGGAGAUGGCUCCGCCCCCUGCUCCAUCCUACAGUGCUCCUGAACGUGGCAGUGUGUUUCCUCGAGCUCAAAUCGGCCGCCCGUACUGACACCUGCCCAUCUCGCGCGCUCUCUCUCUCUCACACACCCCACCUCAGUGUGUCUCUGAUGUUUUAGGAUUGUAAUUCUACUUGAUGAUUAAAUACAGGAAUGUUUUAUGGUAAACUUUAGGUGCUACUGAUUCACUUGUAUUUAAUGAUGAAAUAAUCAGGAUUAAAAAGAAUUUAGAAUUGAGAUGUUCAGAAUGUUUUCAGGAUUAAAUAUUUACUGUCAAUUUACUUUGUGCCAAAAAAUUAAACAGCUCUUUAAAUCAAAACAA